AUGAAAUCAAAAUGUCCCCACCCGAUGCAACAUGGAAGUCUCAUUCAAGUGUGGCAUGAAACAUACACCAUGCGUCCCUGUCCAACUUGGUUGGCAACGCUACUAUUCUUCAUCCAACACUCCGAAAUGAAGCAUAACAUGGAGACGAACGAGAGACACCACCACAGGCACCGGCAUAAAACACCAGACUCCUACCAAUACAACCCAUACUUCGAAACGGACUUCCAAGAUGCUGAUAGAGGAGUAGACUUCGACAUAGUGGCUCUUGAUAGUGAGAGUAAGAACAGCUGGAUAAGAAUGCCGAACGAUCAUACUGAACUCAAGGAUAAGAAACAUCAGCACUGGCCGUUGAAAAGAGAAGCUGUUAUAGAAGGAGAUCUGGUGCUAGGCGGUCUGAUGAUGGUCCACGAGAGGUCAGAGAACAUGACGUGUGGCCCAGUUAUGCCGCAGGGCGGUGUCCAGGCUCUGGAGACGAUGCUGUACACGUUGGACAUUAUUAAUCACAAAUUGAAGCUCAUACCUGGUGUAGUGAUUGGGGCUCAUGUUUUGGAUGAUUGUGAUAGAGAUACCUAUGGAUUGGAGAUGGCUGUAGACUUCAUAAAAGGUUCCAUAAGCAACAUAGACGAUGCAGAAUAUGCAUGCAAUGCAACAGCGAUGAGGAAGGUCAUAUCCGGUGUGGUCGGUGCCGCAUCCAGUGUAACAUCGGUUCAAGUAGCCAACCUCCUGAGGCUUUUCAAGAUACCACAAGUAUCCUUUUUCUCUACGUCUCCUGAGCUUUCAAACAAGGCACGCUUUGAAUACUUCACCCGGACGAUACCAUCAGAUCUACAUCAGGUGCGGGCUAUGGUUGAGAUCGUCAAGAAACUCGGUUGGAGUUACGUCUCCAUCAUUUAUGAGGAGUCCAGUUAUGGAAUUAAGGCUUUUGAAGAACUCGAAGCUCUCCUGGCCAGGAACGGAAUAUGCAUAGCUGUAAAGGAAAAGCUGGUGAAGGACUCUGGUGUGGCCGAUGAGAGCUCCUAUGAUGAUAUUGUCCAGAAGCUGUUGACUAAGCCCAGGGCGAGAGGAAAAAUUUCGGACCCAGUAUAA